CCAUCAAACGAAACUGAGUGCAAAAAGAAAACAAUCGGGGUAAAAAUGCAUUGCAAAUAAUGGCUAUUUUCCAAUUAAAUAACCAGUGAAAAGUGCAAUAAAACUGCAGCAAGUCUUAAAAUCAAAUAUGCAUUCUUCAAGUAUGUAGCUGCGGUCGAAAAUUCCUUACACGAAAAGAUUUUCGGGUGCAAAAGGAAAACAAAAUACAGCCAAACGCGAAUGUGAAUGUGAAACGCAAAGAGCAAAUUUCGUUGCAGCGCGCAAAGAGAGAGAGAUAACCUCAAGAUAAGCGGCAAACGCAACGCAAGAAGCAACCCAACGGCACGCACUGAUAAUCAAGUGACUUCGUUAGUGAUUCAGCAGCAGCAGCAGCAGCAGAGACAGCUGUAGAGGCAGAGGCAGCUUUAGCUGCCACCUUUGCUUAUCACUGGGCGGCGAGCAAGCAAUGUCGCACGGCAGCGCCGGCGCGCAAACUGUUGGCGGUGGCGGCAAUUUGGGCGGUGCGGCAGCAGCGGCAGCAGCUAAUACUGAAUAUCGCGAACUUCAUUGGACUGUCUCGAGUGUAAUGGACUCAUCACGCGUCUCCACCUGCCUUAUAUCGAUGCUCUUAAUUGUCUAUGGCAGCUUUCGCAGUCUCAAUAUAGAGCAGGAGGCACGAGAACGUGAACAAAAGAAGCGUAAUGAAUCCAUGACAAAUUUGCUAACUGGCGAGCAUGUGGAAAAGGAGCCAACGGAUAAGUUUGCUACAUUGGACACAAUGCAUGCGCUCUGCUUGCCACUCGGUGCUUCCAUAUCGCUGCUCAUCAUGUUUUUCUUCUUUGAUUCAAUGCAGCUGCUCUUCGCUGUGUGCACAGCUAUUAUUGCUACUGUGGCAUUGGCAUUUCUACUGCUGCCCAUGUGCCAAUAUAUCAUACGCCCCUGCACGGAUAACAAACGCUUUUCAUUCGGCGUUUGCGGGCGUUUUACGGCAGCGGAACUUUUCAGCUUUACCCUAUCUGUAUCAAUUGUCUGUGUUUGGGUACUCACUGGUCACUGGCUGCUAAUGGAUGCCAUGGGCAUGGGCUUGUGCGUAGCUUUCAUUGCAUUUGUACGGCUGCCCAGUUUAAAGGUGUCCACUUUGCUGCUGACUGGACUGCUGAUUUAUGACGUAUUUUGGGUAUUCCUCUCGUCAUAUAUAUUUAGCACAAAUGUGAUGGUCAAGGUGGCCACACGACCCGCCGAGAAUCCUGUGGGCAUUGUGGCGCGCAAAUUGAAUUUGGGCGGCAUUGUGCGGGACACACCAAAACUGAAUUUGCCGGGCAAAUUGGUUUUUCCCAGCAUACACAAUACCGGGCAUUUCUCAAUGCUCGGUCUAGGUGAUGUGGUUAUGCCGGGACUGCUUCUAUGUUUCGUGCUGCGCUAUGAUGCAUAUAAAAAAUCUCAAGGCGUUACCUCUGACCCAACGCUAUCACCGCCAAAAGGGGUCGGCUCCAGGUUGACAUAUUUUCAUUGUUCCUUAUUGGGCUAUUUUCUGGGUCUACUAACAGCAACUGUCAGCUCGGAGGUGUUUAAGGCGGCGCAGCCUGCUCUGCUGUACUUAGUGCCGUUUACGUUGUUGCCGCUGCUACUAAUGGCAUAUCUUAAGGGUGAUUUGCGUCGCAUGUGGAGCGAACCGUUCAUUACGCAUCCAUCAUCAAAACAAAUGGAAGUCUGAGUGUGCUCUAUCUUAAUGCCGAUUUAAACAAAAUGAGAAACAGAACACAAAACAAAAACUUUAAAGUUUAAACACUAAAGAUUCUCCCUAAACAUACGUAUCUUUCAACAAUACGUAUUAUCGUUAAUUUUGAAAUUAAACUGCAUCAUUCUUCGUAUUAGUGAAGUAAUUGCAUAAGCCGAAUAAUAAAUGUACGUAGGUCUUAGCAUAAGUGAGAUUAAUUCAAAAGCAAAUGUUCAA